AUGCUAGCUGAGUCUAUACCUAUUGCUGAAUUCCAAGGCCGUCCGGUUGCUGAUCAUCCCGCUGCUAAGUAUGGACAACCUCCUGGCAUUCUCAGGGUCCCCAGAGAACCAGUUGAUGCAACUACAGUAGCUGAAGCUGUCUCUGUUAUUUCUUGUUGGUACGAGGACAAAACUGAAUGGGGUGAUCGUGUAGGUUGGAUUUACUGUUCAGUCACUGAAGAUGUCGUGACAGGGUACCGUAUGCAUAACCGUGGAUGGCACUCUGUCUACUGCAUCACCAAGCGUGAUGCCUUCCAAAGAUCGCUCCAAUCAAUCUCAAUGAUAGGCUCCAACAUCGUGGGACUGGAAGAACGGUGGAGGAAUGAACAGUUUUGGCUCAUUUCUGGAGCCAGUGCCCACUUCGCUGCUGUCGUACAAGGCCUCCUCAAAGUUAUUGCAGGAAUCGAGAUUUGUUUCAUACUUACUUCUAAAUCUGCAGGAGAUGACAAUGAUGAUAUUUAUGCAGAUCUCUACUUAGUGAAAUGGACUUCUUUGAUGAUCCCACCAAUUGUUAUAGGGAUGAUUAACAUUAUUGCUAUGGUAGUGGCAUUCUCAAGGGCAAUUUACAGUUCAGUUCCUCAAUGGAGCAAGUUCAUUGGUGGAGCAUUCUUCAGUUUCUGGGUGUUGGCUCAUUUGCAUCCUUUUGCCAAAGGUCUCAUGGAAAGAAGAGGAAAGACACCAACAAUUGUCUUUGUGUGGUCUGGUCCUAUUGCUAUUACACUCUCAUUACUUUAG